GGAGACUUGGUUUCGUCCGAUGAGUACUCUGUUGUCAUUCAGUCUAACGGUUCGAUGACUUACCAAGUUGCCUCUUCUCCCGCGUCAUCGGUAUCCCACACAAGCAGCAAGGUCCUUUACGUCCGCAAUAUACCAAUGUCCCUGAGCGAGCAGAACCUCAUUGCUUACUGCCAGUCUUUUGGUCAAGUGACUAAUAUACUGAUCCUCCGGGACAAGCGUCAUGGCUUUAUCGAGUUCGAGAACGAGACGGAAGCUCGUCGGUGUCACGCCUACUACAGUGCCAACCCACUGACCAUUGACGGCCAGAGGCUCGACUUUGCGAUAUCACGUUUCAGCGAGAUCACGGGGAGACGAUAUCCCGAUUUGCACCCGCCGAACCGCAUUCUGCUGUUCACCAUCACCAAUGUGGUUUACCCAGUGAAUGUGUCGAUGAUAGCACAGGUCAUGAGCCGCUAUAAUGCCUUAGAAAAGGUCGUCAUCUUUACCCGUGGGAACGCCACGCACUGUCUCAUUCAAACGAGCUCGCUAGAGGCCGCUGUUGCGGCUAAAACCCAAUUGGAUGGGCAGAACAUUUUUACUCACUGUAACACAAUUAGAGUCCAGUUUUCCGAGCUUUCCAAAUUGGAAGUCAAAUAUAACAACGAGCGCUCCUGGGAUUAUACCAAUCCCAGUCUACCAAGUGGUCCACCGGGUGCUAUGGCAGGCUCUGGCCUGCUCGGUCCGCAGCAGCGAGGUAUGAGCGGAGUCGCUGCUACCCCAGUCGUGUUCGUCCUUGGGUUGAAUGAGAAGGACACAACUCCAGAUGACUUGGCUGCUCUUUUUGCGGUCUACGGCAACGUCGUUAAAGUCAAGAUCAUGUAUAAGGCUAGAAAUAGCGCUUUGGUUCAAAUGCAAACGGUUGGUGAGUGUCAUACGGCAAUCGCCCAUUUGAAGGGCAUUCGGCUACACGGCAACAAGCUUACUAUGGAGAUGAGUAAAGGUGGCCGAGAGCUGCCGCCGAUUCCUCCGCCAGGCGCCGAGCAAACUGAGGCUGAUCGCCUGAGCCGGGACUACACCAGUCAAAGCUAUCUGUAUGCUCGGCAUCGUGCGGAUCAGACCAGCAGACCCUUCCCACCCAGCUCCAGCUUGUACUUCUCCAAUAUGCCCCAUGGGACCACGGAGGAGGAUCUUCGUGAACUGUUGGAUGCAUCCGGGUGUCAGUAUACUGGUAUUCGUUUCCUCAAUGAGCAGCAUCACAUGGCCAUUGUGCAGUGUAUCAGUCUUGACAACGCUAUUGAAUCACUGUGCCGUGCUCAUGCUAAGCCUGUCGGUCAUCCUCCGAGGCCGGUUCGCGUCGGGUUCGGCAACACUGUCCCGAAGCGCCCUGUGACACCACCAUUCACAUCUGCACCGAUAGCCGUGAUGCCUACUUUUGCAAAUGGAGCUCCAAUUGAUGCGUUGGCAUAUCAAGGUCGCAGCCCUCCGGUUCAAGCAGCUACUCCUGCAGGGGACAUGUCUGUAGCUGGUUCUUCUCAAGAGUCUUUUGAGAUGAUGAGUGGCAUCCGAACUAUGCCGAACCCGUACCAAGCUAUGAUGAUGGGCAAUACUCGAGCGCCGCCACCAGGAGUUCAACGGCAAAUUAGUGCUGGCCCUCCUGGCGGGCAAUUGUAUUCGUCUCCAAAUCCGAUGAGGAGUGGCAAUAAUGCUCAGCAACCUUUUUGA